AUGUCCUCCAACGGCAUGGGGUCCCGCCUGGCCCUGGUCAUCGUCUGCUCCGUCCUCCUCUCGUUGAUCGGCACGUCGGCGGCGACGGGGAAGACCGGCCGGAUCACGGUGUACUGGGGCCAGACCUCCAACGAGGGGUCACUCCGCAAGGCCUGCGAGAGCAAGCUCUACUCCACCGUCAUCCUCUCCUUCCUCAACAACUUCGGCAGCGGCAAGUACGGGAUCAACCUUGCCGGACACUCCUGGGCCGCCGUCGGGCCGGACGUCAAGUACUGCCAGUCCAAGAAGGUCCUCGUCCUGCUCGCCAUCGGCGGCGGCAUCGGAAAGUACUCCCUCGCCUCCAAGGCCGACGCCAAGGCCGUCGCCAAGCACCUCUGGGACUACUACCUCGGGGGGCAUUCCCGCUCCCGGCCCUUCGGCACCGCCGUGCUGGACGGCGUCGACUUCGACAUCGAGCUCGGGAGCCGCGCCCACUACGACGAACUCGCCAGGUACCUCAAGGGAUACAGCAAGAAGGUGUUCGUCACGGCGGCGCCGCAGUGCCCGUUCCCGGACAGGAUGCUGGGGCAGGCGCUCCGGACGGGGCUCUUCGACCGGGUUCACGUCCAGUUCUACAACAACCCCGUCUGCAGCUACAGGGCCGGCAACGUGGCGGGGUUCAAGGCAGCGUGGAACAAGUGGACGAGGCGCCUGCCGCGGAGCUCCGUCUACCUCGGCCUGCCGGCGGCACGGGGGGCGGCGGGCAGCGGCUACGUGGACCCGACGACGCUGGUGAACAAGGUGCUGCCCAUCGUGAGGCGGUCCAGGAACUAUGGAGGGAUCAUGCUGUGGAGCAGGUACUACGACAUCCAGACCGGGUACAGCAAGCGCGUCAAGAGUGCCGUCUGA